UUUACAUGUUGGGUUUAUAUUUUAGUUCAGUGUAUAUAUGCACCACAAAUUAACUAGGGCUUAUAACAAGAAAAAGUAUUAGGCUUUUUACGGUCAGAUUCAAUAAAUGCAUAUAGGUUAGAUUUACAGAUCCAUAAAUAUCCUAAUCAGCUCUCACCUUAUUUUAAGGAAUGUUCUAUUAUAAAGAAUGUAUGAAAGGAUUACAAUAUUGACAACAAAAUCUACCAAUCAGCUCCCCUUUGAAGAAGGCAGACAGGCUGACGUCAGCGCUGUCUGACUCGCGCCGCGCGCUAGGAGGGAGAAAAGCGCAGGGUGCUUGAGGAGAAAGCAGAAAAAACUCCCAGCACGCUGGCAGAACGGGGUCACGAACUAUGACCUUUCAAAGAAGAAUAACAACAACACAAAAAUAAAAAAUAAAUUAAAUCCCGGGGCUUUGUUCUUAUUGAACGUGACCCUGCCUACUGAUAUAAGAGGUGGCACAUCCCUGCUUCUACGGUUGACAGACGUAUUUGGCCUCGCUCCAGACUAAUGACCUUACAUCACCAUGACGACCAACGUGGAGGUGCUUGCUCAGCAGAUAGUGGCCCCUGAGCAGGUGGCAGAGGUGCAGGCCUCUCCCGCUGACUAGUCAGUGAUGAGUGGCUCUCCACAGCGUUUCCAGAUCAUCUCAACUGAGCCCUCAGCCACACUGCAGCGCAUACAGAUUGUAACGGACCAGCAGACGGGUCAGAAGAUCCAGAUCAUCACGACCAUGGAUCCCUCCAGCGGGCCCAAGCAGCAGUUCAUGCUGGCGGCGGCUGAUGGCUCUGGAACGGGUAAAGUCAUCCUGAUGUCCCCAGAGAACCAGGGCACCAAGCAGCUCAUCUUCACCACAGCAGACAGCCUGCUACCCGGCAGGAUACAGAUUGUAACAGAUGCCGCGUCGGUGGAUCGGUUACUGGGGAUAGCUGGGGAUGUGGACCGGCCUCAACCUGUGGAGUUUUGUGUGGUGUGUGGAGACAAGGCUUCAGGGCGUCACUAUGGGGCUGUCAGCUGUGAAGGCUGUAAAGGCUUCUUCAAGAGGAGUGUGAGGAAGAACCUGACCUACAGUUGCCGUAGCAACCAGGACUGUGUUGUCAACAAGCACCAUCGCAACCGCUGUCAGUUCUGUCGGCUGAGGAAAUGCCUGGACAUGGGCAUGAAGAUGGAGUCCGUGCAGAGUGAGAGGAAGCCCAUUGACCUGCCCAGAGAGAGGCCUGCUAACUGUGCUGCGUCCACAGAGAAGAUCUACAUCAGGAAGAACCUGAUGAGCCCACUCAUCGCCACGCCAGCCUUCAUCACUGAUGGCUCCAGGUCUAGUCUGCUAGACCCAGGGAUGCUGGUGAACAUCCAGCAGCCUCUGAUCCAGGCUGACGGAACACUACUGCUGGCCACAGACACCAAGUCGGGGCAGGGAGACUUGGGGACGCUGGCCAGUGUAGUGACGUGUAUGGCCAACCUGAACGACUCCCUCAGUGAGUCCCUGAAUAACGAUGAUACCUCAGACGACCAGCAGGAGGAGCAGUCUGCUAGCAAGAUAACACGGGAAUUUCGUUUGAGCGGUAGUGUAUGUGUCUUCAGUGCCUUCGAUACCCUGGCCAAAGCCCUAAACCCGUCCGAGACGGGGGCGGGGCAGAACCUGGCAGAGGGGGGGGAGUAUGUGGGCGGAGCCACCAUCCAGGUUAUCAGCCGAGACCAGGUGACCCCCCUCAUCGAGGUGGAGGGCCCACUGCUCACAGACACACAUGUCAGCUUCAAGCUGACUAUGCCCAGCCCCAUGCCAGAGUAUCUAAAUGUGCACUACAUCUGUGAGUCAGCGUCCCGCCUCCUCUUCCUUUCCAUGCACUGGGCACGCUCCAUCCCUGCAUUCUCCACUCUCGGUCAGGAGAGUAACACCAGCCUGGUGCGUGCCUGUUGGAAUGAGCUGUUCACUCUGGGGCUGGCUCAAUGUGCCCAGAUCAUGAGUCUCUCCACCAUCCUGGAAGCCAUCAUCAACCAUCUCCAGAACAGCAUUCAGGACGAUAAGGUGUCUGGGGAGAGAGUGAAGCUGGUGAUGGAACACAUCUGGAAGCUGCAGGAGUUCUGUAACAGCAUGGUUAAGAUGGAGACAGACAGCUAUGAGUACGCCUACCUGAAGGCCAUAGUCCUCUUUAGCCCUGACCAUCCAGGCCUGAACAGUUGCAGCCAGAUAGAGAAGUUCCAGGAGAAAGCCCAGAUGGAGCUGCAGGACUAUGUGCAGAAGACCUAUCCAGAUGACACCUACAGGUUAACGCGUAUCCUGAUGCGUCUCCCGGCGCUGCGUCUGAUGACCUCCAGCAUCACUGAGGAGCUGUUCUUCACCGGCCUGAUCGGCAACGUGCCCAUCGACAGCAUCAUCCCUUACAUCCUCAAGAUGGAGACCGCAGACUAUAACACCGGUCCCACAGCGUGACUCCUCUCCAACAACCCUACCCACCGCCAAACCUCUCCAGCCCAUUUCCAGACGUGUACCCCAUACCCCAAAAAAGCACACUUACUCUAAUACCCCCGGCUAACAAGAUGCAAUGUCAUUGAGGAAUCCCUUUCGGACCGUGUGGCUCUCAGAAUGUCCGCUCUCCAUGUUUGUGAAUAUGCGUCAUAACCAUGAAGACCAGGAUUUGAAUGUUCUCUGGAAGAGAUGUAUGAUGGGACUGUGAGUCACUUGUCCAGAUUCCGUGGCUGUGAGCACUUAACCCCCAGAGUGGGAGGAGUCCCCAUGACUGACAUGUCACGGUCACCUUCUCUCUUUGUCAUUAGCACUUCAGCAAAAUGCCUCCAAUGUACUGUAAAGUUGACCUUUUAGCUCAAGCCUUUCAAUAUGCUUUUAUCUUAUACAAGACUUAGUUACUGUACAUUCAUUUCCAACAAGUAUAUCAAUCCAGUUACCGCUUGCUUCUGCCUGUAAUCUUGAUAAGCUGUAUUUAUCACUUAGCAGACAUAGACUAAGAAUGAGCUGCGGUUGCCUAAAUGUCAUUACAUGAGUAAAUUGAGACAUGAAUUGGUGUAAAGUUUUGUAUUUGUACUUUGAACCUUUCACCAUCUUUUACAAUGUAAAAAGAAACAUUUAAAUGUAUGAAUAUGUUAUGAUGCUCGUCCAUGCCUCAAGUUCUGUCUGUCCCUAAAACUUUGUUGUGGUUGAAAAGAUGUCCAAUUCCUCUAAAUCAGGUACAAGACUUAAUUCUCCAUUUAUUAGCAUCUUACCUGGAUCCUUAAUCUACGGAGUAUACGGCAGACAAGCCAUUUGUGUACUGAGCCACUCCAUUCAGGAUAAUAUAACACGUACUCUCCGCUUCAGAUAAAACAUCAAAUGUCCUCUUGGUUUCAGGUUAGGGUCAGUACCAUUUCAUGUAUUUCAUACAUUUGUAUGAUAUUAUUCUUGUUAAUUUCACUGCAAUUGUUUGUUGCUGGGUAGAGUCAUCGAUCCUACAGAGGGAGUUUAAUAACAGACUUGUUUCUAUGUCUCUGCCUAAAGCAAAUGCACAUUCAUUAUAUGGUUAGACCAUUAUCUAUGAUUUGAAAAUGUUAUUUGUGCAAUUGCCACAUGGCCACGGCUCCAGGUAAAAAUGUCCCUUAACCACAUAAUCAGAUUAUCCUGCACCUAGUUCUAACCUUAACUAUUAGAGAGGUCCAAAAAGUCUGACACUGAGUGGUUAUGGGCAACUUUAUGGUCAUCACUUUAUUUUGCCCUCAUGACAAUCAAAGCCUUGUGACAUGUUGUCCUUUUCUGAGUGUCCAGUAUUUCUCCUUAUUUAUUUAAAUCCCGCACGUAUUAUACUUAAGCAAUAAGGCACGAGGGGGGUGUGGUAUAUGGCCAAUAUACCACGGCUAAGGGCUAGUCUUUUGCA